GCCAGCUAGCACCGGCACCACCACGGCGGCAGCCGGAAACUCCAUGAAAAUGAUGUACAGAAGAAGUUUCAUUAUUAUUUUCAUUUCUCUGCUACUUGUCACUUUGUUUUCUUCCUCUUCUUCUUCUUCUUCUUCAACGCCACCACUUUUCAACCUCACUACUCUCCCUUCUCAGCAUCCCAACCCUGAAGCUGUUGUUCAAGAGUUUCAAAGCAAAGUAAAUGCAUCACUUUGGAGACAUCUCUCGAGAAGAAAAUUGUUAUCUUCCGGCCAGUCAUGCUCCACCGGAAACCCAAUCGACGAUUGCUGGCGGUGCGACUCCAACUGGCAGCUAAACCGCCAGCACCUAGCGGAAUGCGGCAUCGGAUUCGGACAAUACGCCCAAGGCGGCAAAGGCGGCCGUUACUACGUCGUCACCGACUCCUCCGACCCCGACCCAGUCAACCCUCCUCCGGGAACUCUCCGCUUCGCCGUCAUCCAAUCCGAGCCUCUCUGGAUCGUCUUCGCCGCCAGCAUGACCAUCCGCCUCUCCCAGGAACUCAUCUUCAACUCCUACAAAACCCUAGACGGCCGCGGCGCCAACGUCCACGUCACCGGCGGCGGCUGCAUAACGUUACAGUACAUCUCCAACGUCAUCAUCCAUAACAUCCACGUGCACAACUGCUACGACUCCGGCGACACCAAUGUACGGUCGAGUCCGACCCAUUUCGGGUUCCGAUCCAAAGCCGACGGUGACGGGAUUUCCGUUUUCGGGUCGAGGGAUAUUUGGAUCGAUCAUUGCUCGUUGUCGGAAUGUAAGGAUGGGCUGAUUGACGUUGUGAUGGGGUCCACGGGGAUUACUAUAUCGAAUAACCAUUUUUCGCACCAUAAUGAGGUGAUGUUGUUGGGUCACAGCGAUGAUUAUUUGCCGGAUUCUGGGAUGCAAGUUACUAUUGCUUUUAAUCACUUUGGACAAAACUUGGUUCAGAGAAUGCCGAGGUGCAGACGAGGAUUCAUUCAUGUUGUUAACAAUGAUUUUACGAGGUGGGAAAUGUAUGCCAUUGGAGGUAGCGGUAAUCCCACCAUUAAUAGUCAAGGAAAUCGUUACAUGGCACCAUUCGACCGUAAUGCCAAGGAGGUGACGAAAAGAGUGGACACAGAAGAGGAUGAAUGGAGGAAUUGGAAUUGGAGGAGUGAUGGGGACAUAAUGGGAAACGGGGCCUUCUUUGUAGCAUCAGGUGAUAGUGUAGAAAUCCAAUACGAGAAAGCCUAUAGUGUGGAGCCCAAAUCUGCAAAUUUCAUCGACCAACUCACCAUGAACGCCGGUGUCCUUGUUGGCAGGGGAGGCAAUACUGGCAAGUGGACUGCUGCUGGGAACGCUAGCAGUGGCGGCAGCGACGGUGGAGGAACGGACUUGGUAGCAAUUUCCGGCGAUCGGGAUGAUUAUGACGGCGAUGAUUCCGGCGGGGGCUAUAGACUUUGCUGUUACCCCAUUGUACUGUUUUCCCUGAUAACCUUGUUAACCUUCAUGGUGGUAUAGUAAUGGCAAUUGGCAGCAUGUAAUCUUGUGGGAAAGGCAAGAAAGGUGUCCUUUCUUCAUCAAUCUUCCCUGUUUCUAACAAUGCCUAAAUCAUAAUUUUCGUU